GUCAUUUUUGCUCCACAAAUUUUAAUUAUUUUGAGCCUUAAUCGAGUGUAUUUAAGGAUUUAAAUAGUGUAAUUAAGUGAAUAAAGUAAAGAUAAACAGUUUGGACAUAAAGGUUAAGGAAUAUGGAGCAGUUUGCACCAAGAAAAACAAUUUUAGUCUCAAAACCAAACAUUUCAUAUCCCGCUUGUUGGUUUCACAUUCCGGAUGAGAAUGAAGCAGUUGAAGCAUCAAAUAUUCCAGCAUAUGACCUCGAGCAGUCCAAAAAUGGCAUGGAAAGAACAUUUCAACUAACAACUGUCCUCAAAAACAGCAAUCCAGAGGAUGACGAUUGGGAAUCAAAGAUCCUUAAGUACGGCUGGACAACAAAACAAACGAAACUAUUUAAUAAAGUCGUUCAGAUUCUUGAUUUUGAUCAUUUAGCAAGAUUAGCAAAUGUUGAUGGAAAAAGACAUGAAGUUGUUCAAGUCAGAACAACAAUAGACAAGUCUGCAGACCGUAUGAGACAUGCACUGGCUGAAGUCAGUUGGGAUACAGUCAUUAUUCAAUGGAUUCAUGCUAUAUUAAUGGAAUAUUUGCCGCCAUCAUAUUUAGCUUCUUAUUUAGACAUAAUGCAGACUUUAAAGCACAAAGUUCCGUCAUUAGUCGAUCGAAUGAUAUUCUGGAAACCUGGAAAUGUCAGUCAAGAUUUGUUGGGAUUAAUUUUAAAGCGUCCAUGGCAACCAGUGUUGAGUAAUAAGUACCGAAAGAUUCCUGGGAGUGCAAUAUUAGUCGUAAUACCACCAUUGCCACGCAUAUCAUCACAACCAGCAAGAGUCCAGCGACUUUAUACACUUUUUACAACAAUGGCACCAAUUUUACCUGUUCAACUUCAAAUAAAUCAUCUUAUGGCACAAAAGCAAAGCCUUCAAUCGAUUGCAGAACAGCUUGUGUCAUUAACACGAACUAAGAUUCAAGAAUUAAAAGCUGAGAAUCAAGAUCGUCGUAUUAUUCUCGUUGGAAUGCAUGCAUCAUCAGCUUUAGCGCUUCAAGUCUCAUUAGUUGAACAAGUUUCAGGAAUUGUAUGCUUUGGAUUCUCAUGUAAUACAGUUCAUGGUCCGAGAGGACAUCCAGAUGAUCACAUCCUCAAUUUGACAACCCCAAUAAUGUUCAUGAUUGGCCAAAAUGCAGCCAGAACUAGUGAAGAGGAAAUUGAGCAAUUUAGGGAAAAAAUGACAGCACCAUCAACAUUAUUAACAGUCGGAAGUGCUGAUGAUUAUUUGAGAGUAAGUAAGAAGAAGAGAAAGCUUGAAGGAGUCACACAGGAAAUGGUCGAUAACAUGAUUGUCGAUGAAAUUGCUGAAUUUGCUACAAAAUGCAUUCAACGUCCACUUCCUCAAAAGCCAAAAUCAAUUGCAACAUUCGGUAAUGUUACAAUUCAUCGGCAAAUUGACUCAUCUACAGGACAAAUGAGAAAGAGGAAAUCAAGUCAGAUAGUCGAUGCUGACGGAACCAUUAAAUUGGCUAAAAUGAAACCAGUCAAAAUGAUGAAACCGUCAUCGACUACAAAUUUCAAUAAUUCUGAUGCUGUUGAAAUGGCUGUGCAAAGUAUUUUACCUGAUUCUGAUGGUAGACCAGUUGCUAAGCCUGUAAUACAAAGAGCAUCAAUUGGAACUGGCGUCGCUCAAAGAUUAAAAAUUGUUCCACAAAAUCAAUUUACGACUCUGAAGCCUCAAUCGACAACCACACAGAAAUAUUAUACAAUAGAAAGUAAGUCAACAGGACAAAAGAACUAUAUAGCUGUUGCUCAACGUGCUCCAAACCGUUCACAGCCAUCUACACCUGGAAAUUCAAGACCAGCAACUCCACAAACUCAAUAUGUUACAAAUGCUCGAAUCUCAAGUGUUGGGAAGCUUCCAAUCAUGCACAAUCAGACGAGCUUUAGUCCACCAAAGUUCACAAUUGUAAGACAAGGAUCUUCAGCACCAAAUACAUCAUUUACUGCUGAUACAGAAUUGUCAGGAACGAAUAUUUUCGACAUGCCUGUUGUCUUUGCAGACAGUGAAGGAAAUAUCGAUGAAGAUUCAUCAAAUAUUUCGGAUAAUUCAGUCAUUGAAAUUCCUAGUGAUCAUUCGACAGGUGCAACAACAAAGAAAGUCAUCCUUAAAGCAUCAAAUAUUGGCACUUACGUAAAUGCAGCACCAACACAAACUGUAACAAUCACAAAGAAUAAGAAUAUCUUGAUCCAGAAGCCAUCCGUUCCUAGUAAGAUGCUCGUCCUUAAUGGAAAUGUUAUUGGACGUUCGAUUCCGGCAUCAAAUAUUGUCUUACCAAAGUCAUCGAUUCAGCCACAGCCAAUUAAGAUUCAAAAAAUUGUUACAACUGGAAGUUCUGUGAUUCCAACGACAAACAUUGAUAUGAAGAAUAGGCAGCAAAUUUCGAGCAAUAAGAAGAUUGAGAUUCUAAAUAAUCAGAUAAUUAAGCCUGCAAUGACAGUCACAACAGCAUCGACAGUUCCGAAAAGUGUUGGAUUUGUUAAUUUAGCUGAUGCGAAACCAAUUUCAGCUAAUCGAUUAUCGAUUCCAUUCUCGACAGUUAAAGGAAGUCAAGGGCAACAAAUUGUGAUUAAAACUGCAAAUUUGAAGCAGUUUACAUUGAGUGGACAUAAGCAGCUCGGAAAUUUGACUGUUAAGAAAGUGAAUGUAGUUCCAAGCACAGCAACAACAAUUGCAAGUAGUGAUCAGCCACAGCAGCCAAAAAUUAUUUUCAAAAAUGCUUAAAUUGGAUUAUUAUAAAGAUGAUAAUAAGGAAGAAAAUCGUGGUUUAUAGAUUUUUAAGAUUGAAAGCUAGUUAAACAGAUAAUAAAAAGUCAGAGGAAUUAAAAGUUAUUCAAAAUAUAUAAAAGAA